UCUUGCUUCAUCCAUCUGCGCACACCACAACCAGACAAGCCGACGAUAUACAAGUUUUUUAGUCUUCUCCGUUGGCCACCAAGGUUUGGCUCCGAAUCCAGAGUCCCUUGACCACAUCCCGACUACCCAAUGGCUCCCUCUACUUCCUCUGCUGCUGUUGCCGGCGACUGUGAUAUGCCUCUCCAGACAUGGGCCGCCAGAGCGCCGGUGACCGCCGAGCGCAAACUCAAUGUCGAUCUUCAGGAGGAGAUGCCUCAGCCAUAUCUCGCCCGUGCGCUCGUGGCUGCGGAUCCGGCGCACCCGGACGGGACGGCGGGUCACGAGCAUAACAACAUGAGCUUGCUGCAGCAGCAUGCGGCUUUCUUUGACAGGAACCAUGAUGGGGUUGUCUAUCCAUGGGAGACUUACCAAGGCAUGCGAGCAAUUGGCUGUGGAGUUCUGGUGUCCAUCGGCGGUGGUUUCCUCAUAAAUCUUUCUCUUAGCUACUUCACGGUUCCGGGAUGUCUACCAAAUCCUCUGCUUCCAAUUUACAUUAAGGACAUCCACAAAUGCAAACAUGGAAGCGACUCUGAAUCCUACGACACCGAAGGAAGGUUCGCGCCUGAGAAGUUCGAUGCUAUUUUCAGCAAGUACGCCGCCACUUAUGCCGAUGCACUGACAGAAGAUGAGAUCAACAAAAUGCUCAAGGCAAACCGAAACACUUACGACUUCGUUGGCUGGAUAUUGAGUUACGCAGAAUGGAAGCUUCUGUAUUCGCUAGCGAAAGACGAGGAUGGGCUGCUGCACAGGGAUGCAGUAAGAGGAGUUUAUGACGGCAGUGUCUUUGAAUACCUUGAGAAGCGAAAUGCUGGUUCCCACAAGAAGAAGGCAUGAAGUUGAACACAGCAACAAUACAGAAUUAAAUUUACAAGUAAUAAAGAAGAGAUCUCUCCAACGCGUUUCGUUGUAAUUUCUUCUUGGUAUUCAGUGAUGUGCUUUCGUAUGUUCUUUUUCUAAUUAGAUGGUGCCAGAAUUGUCUACAUUUUUUAAUUUUACGCAAAAAUAUUGUAAUGUGAAGGGCUGGAACAGAAAAACAAAAGGGUGACGGUUUGCAAUCUUUUGCUUAGGUAUUUCUCA